AUGCGGAGCUCGGGAGUUCGCCGCAUCAAUAACGCCGUGCGCAGGCUGGAUUGGGCCCUCGUGGAGAAUUCGCUGAGUCCUCCAGACGGUAGCGAUGGGAACCCGUACGAGCUGUGUGCGGCAAGCCGAGACGACUGGCAUCGCUACGUUCAGUCGGAGCAGCAAGAGCUGAAGUCGCGCUCGAUGGCGUGGUGGGACGACAGGGUCUUCAUUGUCGAGUUACCGGGGUCCCUGCACGAAAACCUUGUCGUAGGCGUCAGAAAAGCUAUAUCCGACGCAACUGGGACUGGUAGAACUCACUUGGUGUGUCAUGGAGCGAAAUAUAUUCGGGGCCGUGCACGCUUGGCGGGCGACAUUAUGGAUCUAAUAGGCGACCUCGAGCCGGACGAAGCCUGCGGUCCUGACUUCUGCCUUCCUGGAGCAGUGCUUCCGCAGGGAUUAACCUGGUCAUCGUUCCACACGCUGAAAGUGGAGAUCGGUGUCUCAAAACUGGGGAGAUCCUCUGGACAGAGACGUCUUUCUACCUUAAACGAGAAGGCCGAUGCGUGGCGGCAAUGUCGGGGGGUGGAAUGCGUUCUCUGCAUUCACAUCAGCCCGGGAAUGCGCGUUCGUCAAUACCGCUUGUUCUCCAUCGUGGACGAGCAGUUCGAGCAUCCUGACCUGCAGCCCGCGCCAAUUGUCAACGGUACCGUCGUGCAGUUCGACCCAUGGCGUUUGCUGGGGAUUCCUCCUGGUGCUGCUCUCCCUGUUGGCUUCAACGAUCCCGUUCAGUUCGAUCUCUUCGCCGUUGUCAACCGGAUCAUUCAACAGGAGCAAAUGGACUUGGCACUACUACAGGCUGCAGCGCCUGCAGUGCCUGCUGCUCCGGCUGCUCCGGCUGCUCGUGGUCGUGGUCGUGGUCGUGGUCGUGGUCGUGGUCGUGGUCGUGGUCGUGGUCGUGCUCCUGCUCCUGCUCCUGCUCCUGCUCCUGCUGGGGAACCCCCACGCCGCCGACAGCGCCGUGACUAG